UUUCCUCCCUCCCUCUCAAGGGUUGCACAUGGUUUCUGUGUGAGACGGUUCAGUUUCUUCAGGGUCUGGAUGGAAGAGGGAUGAUGGCAGACAGCUGCAGGAUAACACACGUGUUUUCAAACUCCUCCUCCGAAUAUUUUAAAUAGUCUAGAAAUAAGAGUUGGGUUGCACAGGUGCAUUUUUAUUUUUUCUUAUCACUAACUCAAAACUGAAGUCUUUGCUUUUUUGCUGUUUUUAAAAUCUGGAUGUAACACAUUUUUGGACUUUGGAAACGUUUCACCGAUGAGUCGGCUGGCCACCAAAGCCACAUCCCCGACUACCUUUGUUGUUCCUGGACGCUUGCCGGACUGCCACAUUACCCCCAUCCAGUCGAACAUCAGCAAACUAGACCACGGCUUGUUUGUAAAGGAUUCUUGAGUGAAGAAUCAUGAAAGACAACUAUGGUGGCUACGAAAACCAGCUCUUCAAAGAGGAGGAUUUCACUGGAGAGGAGGAAAUGCCUUCGUUUAGAGGUCGAAGCAGAGGAGGCUGUAUGAGGUGCCAGCAGAGUCGCUCUCUCCAGCUGGCUGUCAAAGUCCUCUAUGGCUUUGUUGCAUUCCUCAUCAUUACUGUGGCAGUUCUGGCGUCGCUUGUGUUCAGGAGGGUCGACAGCCUGUCUGAGGAGGAGUCCGUCUACCACAAGAAGAUCAGCAGUGUGCAACAAGGAAUGGAUGAUCUGAGUUCCGCGUCUAACUGUUCAGGCUGUCUGGAUGUGACUCUCUACAGCGAGGAGAUAAGCAGGCUGAAGAAGGAGUUUGAAGACAUCCAGAGAAUGAUACUGGGACAGGAGCAGGUCCUGGACCAGGCCUCCCAGACCCAGGCCACGCUCAAGACCACCAGCAGCCGGCUGACACGUGACAUGCAAAACCACCUCAUGUCAAUCAAACUUCUAAACCAGUCGCUGGUGAGGUACGUGGAACGCGUUGAAGGUUGGAAGGACGUGAUUGAGGAAACCGAAGAGAAGAUGAAGACGCUGGCAGAUGAUCAGUACGACGUAAAAGCGACGGCACAGCAGGUUAACACCACAGUGGCUCUCAGUACAAUGUGGAUAGAUGCUCUGCGGAGAAAAGCGGAUGAAGAGACUUUGGUUUUGCAGAAGUUGACUAACGACUGGCAGAACUACAGCCGAGUCCUGAGCGCCAUCAAAUCCAACACCAGCAGCAGCACGCAAACUAUUCGCUUUCUGCAAAACAACAUCAUAGCAGACAACCAGAGGAUUGCCAUGUCCAAUGAGGUGUACUAUGACCUCAGCCAGCAGGUGAUGAACCUUCAGAUGCAGCUUGACAAUGUGACGUCAUUCAUGGACGAACACGAGGAGAACAUGCAUGACCUUCAUUACCAUACCAGGUACUAUCAGAACCGGACAGGUGAGCGUUUCUCUGCUUUGGAUGGUCGUCUGAACUCCAUCUCCAUGGAGAUUGACACAAUCUCCUCCAGCAUCAAUGCCACCGUCAUCCACGUCCAGAGCAUGCACAAGUACAUUGAUAUCGAGAGCUCUUCCUGCCAGAGCCGCAUGGGCAGACACACUGAGGAUCUAAAGGACCUUAACAGCACAGUCUUGGUACUCCGCUACUUGUUUGACACACAGAGACAUCAAAACUUGCUGUUAAAUGCCAAAUUGGAUCUUGACAUCAGAAACCUGUCCAUUGUGAUGGAGGAGAUGAAGCUCGUGGAUGUUCACCAUGUCCAGCUCAUAAAGAACUUUACUAUUCUAAAAGGUUUACCUGGACCACCAGGGCCCAAAGGGAGCCGCGGUGAGACCGGCUCAAAGGGACCUGUGGGACUGAGCGGGAGCAAAGGGGACCGAGGCCCUAUAGGUGUCCGUGGGACAUCUGGGGAAAAGGGUUCGCUUGGGCCAAAGGGAGCAACAGGUGAAUCAGGACCCACUGGCCAUAGAGGGGGCGUGGGAAUAAAGGGUCCUAAAGGGUCUCUUGGCCCGCCAGGACCCCGCGGUGAGACGGGCCAGAAAGGUGACGUUGGCAUCUCCGGUAGAGAGGGCACCUCAGGACCCGCGGGGCCUCCAGGAAUCCAAGGUCAGGCAGGACUACCGGGUAUGAUUGGGCUCCCAGGAGCAAAGGGAAAACCAGGACCAGCAGGACCACCUGGACCGGCAGGAACUCCCGGGCCUCCGGGCGUGGCUUUCCCCCAUGCACAAAUCAGCAUCCAGCAGCGGCCCGUGACACCUGCUGCUGGGUCCAAGAGACAGUAAAAAGAUGGCCGAAGACGUGGAAGAGAGUAUGCACAGUGCAGAAGAAGAGUUAUUGACAAUUGAAGGAAUAUCACCCAUUGGGACUGGAGAUGAGUAAUAAUCCACUUUGUCGCCAUUAGGCAAGAAAAUUGAGGACUUCAUGAACAGACGGGACGAAUCUAUUUCAAGGGCUUUUACGACACUGCCGCAUGAAAUGAGCCGUUGUAGAAGAAGAAUGUUCAUAUUGUGGCAUGUUGGAGAAAACUGCCUUCAUACAUUAUUACAUUACAGGUCAUUUAGCUGACGCUAAUACAACACGUGUCUCAGUAUAAUGUUGGAUGGCCUUGCACCUCAAAGACAACAAGCUUCAUCCACCUAUAAAUUACAAACGAGUUAAAAACGUGUUAGAUAAUGAGUCAACAAAAAACGCACCCGUUAUCCAUUAGUCCGGUUGGAUGUAUCGGAAGCAGAAGACAUAUUUGAGAUUGUUCUCAAUCCAAAAUAAACACAUAAUUUAGACAAGUAGUAGUGUUUCUCAUUCAGACAACUCAAACUAUCUUCUUAUGCACUCCAGAUGUUGUCCACUUAUUCACAUGCCUUUCUGAUGAAUGUCACUUUAUUGGUUCUCAAAGUGUAAAUAGUAUGCAGUUUGAUUCUCCUUCAGCAUGCCAGAGCAGGUACUCUAAAGACAUCUUUCAUCUUCUGGGUAAAGCUGCCCCUUCAUGAGCAGCAUUUAGAUUUGUAGAAUUCAUGGCUUCUGAAUUUAUGCGCUGACGACCUUUGUUUUACAUUGGAUGCAAGAUGCUUUUAUUGUUGCUGUAUGAAUGAAGAAAGUACUGUAACUCUUGUUGACAUGUGAAAACAUUUUGGAAAAUUCACUUAUUUGUUUUCUCUCUAAAAGUUUGAUGAGAGGAUUGAUACUACUUUAAUGCUUGGAGAAGGAGCCAGGAGAUGGUUGGCCUACAAGCAUAUAUUAUGGCAGCAGGGGGAAAGAGCUAAUCUCUAAAAACAACAUAUGACUGUGGAAAAUCACGUUUAAGUGAAAAGGAUAAAACCUGUUAAAAUCCAAAGAUAUAGAGAUACCUUUCAAACGUGAUAUCCCGCCUCUCAUCUAACUCAUGGAAAGAAAAUGAAUAAAUAUGCAUAUUUUCACCUUAUAAGAUGCACGCAGGUUAGAAGCUAAUGAAACUCAUUCAACACAUGCAUUAUUAAAAAUGGUUGUAAACAUGACAAGUAAUAUAAUUUAAAAAAACAAAAUUUUUCCUCAGUUUCUACUUUGUUAAUUGAUUUAUAAGUGGGUUUUGGGUCUUAUGAUGCAAACAUAAACAACCUUCUAUAGCAGAGAAACAAAAAACAUUUUACAAAAAGGGAAAUGUUCAAUUUGUGUGUGUUGUAAUGAAAUGCGACUGGUUUGCAUCGAACUUCAAUAAAGCUUUUUUUUUUUUAACAGA